AUAUAUCAAAUAUAACAUACCAUGCUGCCUGCCCUUCCCGUGUGCUAGAAAUUCCUGCGCUUGUUUCGAUCUGUUUGUCUUCUCACUCGUUCACUACGUAUCCUCAAGAGCUGUGCUCUGUCUAGACCUGUUUAAUUGCCCUUGUUGUCUUCAUCUUCUUAAGAAACUAGCCCGAUUGAUUCGGCUCGAUCCAAGUCACCAUGAAGUGCCUGACGACGAUCAUCCUCACCGCUGGCCUGGCGUCGGCCUUCCAUAUCCCAUCGCCACUCGCCCGCCGACAGAGCUCAAGUUCAGAAUCCGCCUCUGGAAGUACUUCCAACCAGCUGGAGUCCAUUGCCAACAUAUUCAACGGGACUGGACUCAGCACCACCAACAUCAGUGAUCCCCAGUUCGACCUCGGCAACUUUGGCGGAAAUCUCAAUAUCGACGGGCUUAAUCUCGGCAGCGUCAACCUCCAAAAUCAGAACGACGUCAUCAACGCUAUCCUGACCAUGACGAACGCGCUGUGCUUGGGCGGUCUGUUCAACUCAAACAGCAUUUCCAACCUCGGCAGUGCUUCGAGCCUCCAGCUCUUCCUCGAGCUCGCCCAACUGAUGCAACUCCAGCAGCUGGGAUUCCUGAAUGUCGUCGAUAUCCAGACCCUCAUAGGUGGAGGAUUUGGUCUCAAUAGCCUUAACGGCUUCAACGGCCUCAACGGCUUCAAUGGUCUCAAUGGUCUCAACGGUCUCAACAGACUUAAUGGUCUCACCAGACUUAAUGGUCUCAAUGGCCUCAAUGGCCUCAACGGCUUGAACCGCCUCAGUACCUUCAAUAUUGGCGUCUUCAAGCGUGCGGUUGACGAACGCAAGAAGACCAUCAAGCGAACGAAGCUCAGGCGCGCCACCCAAGCCCUGAGCAAGAGACAGUGCCAGACCAACGUGGUUGAUCCCAAUGCCACGGCCGGAACGCAGCAGUCUGCCGCCCCGGUCGCCAGCCAGGUCGCCAGCCAGGCUCCUGCGGCAACAGAAACAGCGGCCGUCGUUGCGUCUGCUGCCGCCUCCCAACCAGCUGCGGCAGCGCCGACGUCAGACUCCCGCCUAUCAGAUUUCACUCGUUAAACCCUCGAGGCGAGGGUUGGAUAGAGCUUACUUGGGGAAAGCAGAGUUCUCCUGAGUGACCCGCCAGGGUUGGCCCGCACCGACCAAGCGAACUGGAUUAUCCUUGGUUCAGUCAGAGCGCAGGCCGUAUCCAUCUGGAUGGGGGAGCUGGCAAGGGCUAUGGAAAGAGGCGCAAACACGGAGCAAAAUGGGUUAAGCAGGCGCACAUG